UCUGUGUUCCAGGUGCUGGACUCGCAGUAUGGCAUGUACGUGUGGCCCUGCGCCGUGGUGCUGGCCCAGUACCUCUGGGCACACAGGAGGAGCCUGCCUGGCAGGCGCGUGCUGGAGAUCGGUGCUGGUGUGAGUCUCCCUGGCGUGGUGGCUGCCAAGUGUGGUGCUGAGGUGAUCCUGUCUGACUGUGAGGAGCUGCCCCAGUGCCUGCAGAACUGCCAGAGGAGCUGCCUGAUGAACAACCUGCCCCACAUACCUGUUAUGGGGCUCACCUGGGGGCAGGUGUCUCCACAGCUGCUCUCUCUUGCUCCUGUAGACAUUAUUUUAGGAUCAGAUGUCUUCUUUGACCCGAAAGACUUUGAAGAUAUUUUAACUACAAUUUACUUCUUGCUGGAAAAGAAUCCACAUGCUCAAUUCUGGACUACUUACCAAGUGCGAAGUGCUGACUGGUCUAUUGAAGCUUUGCUCUGCAAAUGGAAACUGAAGAACACCCGCGUUCCCUUACAUUCCUUCGGUGCAGACAAAGAGCACUUGGCCAGCUCUGCUCUACCAGGAAGACAUACAAUUGAAAUGAUGAUCAUCUCACUAGCACAAUCAGAUGGUACUUAAGUUUAUUCCACUUGUUGGUUCCAAUACAAGAUGAUAUUUAACUGUUCACUGUAACAUGGAUCUGCAGGAAACAGUCCUGUUUACAGCCAACUUCAGGCAUAUUUUUGGAAAGCAGAUCCCCUUUUAGCAGUAUUUUUUUUUUUAAACAUGCAUUGUUAAAAAUAAAGCUGUUCAAUUGU